AUGUCAAAAGUUGUAUUUUUACAAUGUUUAUCACAUGAUAAACAUUCAGAUAUUUAUACAUUAGAACAAUUAGCACAAACGAUUAAAAAUAAAGAAGAGAAAAAAAAAUUAUACGAAUAUUUCAACAAAAAGAUGGAAACUCUAUUAAAUUGUGAUCAAACAGAUUGUUGGUAUAUACAAAAGUUAAAACAACAUUUAAAUGGGAAUUUUCAUUCACCUGAACGUGAUAUAGCAUCACUUGUAAAAUAUAUUAAAGAUGCAUUAUUAGAUGUUGCAGAAGAAUCAUUGAUUAAAAAACGUUUAGAAAUAUUAUUCAUAAAUGAUAAUGAUGCUGACGUUGAGGAAAUUAUCACAUCAAUUAAUAAAUUAUAG